CUCAGCCUCUUUCUUCGAUCUCGCCGACGAACGACACCGUGGGUUUCAACAUCUCAGACUCUUUCUUCGAUCUCGACACUCGACGGUUUCAACAUCUCAGAUUUUCUUCAGUUUCGCCUUUUUUCAUUCGGCUUAAGAUGGAAGAAGCGGGUCAUGAAACGGUUAUUCCGGGUUCGAGACAAUCGGAUCUGAAGAAAUCGUUCAGAGACGCUAUUCGUCCUCUUCUCACUGCCUGCUCCAGAGAGGAUUUUCUUGAUAUUUUCUCGAAAUUUAGUGUGGCUGAGCGAAAUAAGCUGUAUCUGCAGUAUAAUGAGGUGAUUGUGAAUUUGCAUCAGACAUUAGAGAGUGAGUUUGAUGCACAGUGUCAAGACUUUCAGUUUGGACCAAUUCUUGAUAAAGUUGAGCAGAUGGUCGAAGAACAGAGUUUGGAUCCCUUGUUUUCAGAGAAGACCAAUGUAAUGGACGUAGCAAAUGACUUAACAUCAGCUAAGAAGAGCGAGAUACAAAGAUUAACACGUCUGCUUCAGAGGGCUGAAGAACAGAAUCGUCAAAUGGAAGCUCGGAUCAGUCUGCUCAGAGAGCAACCACAAGAGGUCUCUGACACAGCUAAUGCAAUCAAAAGGCUGAAAACCGGGAUCUCAGCCUACUUUGAAGGAAAUGACAAGCUACCUCCAAUAUAGUUUCAAGACAAUUGCAAUGGAAAAGUGUGUAACUUUCGUUUCCGGCAUAUAAGUUUAUUAUCAUCUUAUCAAUCUAGUCACAAGACUCAGCAGCUACUUGCUACAUGUCUAACUUGUUAGAUUACAUGCCCUUAAUGUAGUUCCAAGUACAAUUCCAAUGGAAAAAAUGUGCAACUUUCAUUCCCUGCAUAUAAGUUUAUUAUCAUCUU